AUGUCCGGAUCAUCGCCACUGCCCUCGCCAGGACCCGCCUUUGAGGCCCGCAAGCUCAAGAUCCUAGAGCAGCUCGCGGUCCCCGACGCCGAGUACUCGGACGCCUCCCCCAAAGGCACCGUCGACGUGGGAAUUCGGCCUCUGCUGGCCGAGAUCAACGCGGCGGCGGGCUUCGUCACGACGAGCAGCUGCGCGGGGCGCGUGAGCGUCUUUGUGGAGGGGCGCAAGACGGCGGCCGCGACGACGACGACGAUGGCCACGGGGGAUGACCAGGAUGAUGUGAAUGAUGGAAGCGGCGGGACUGAGCAGAGCGAUGGAUUGGGGCCGAUGCAGCCGGCAGUCGCUGCGCAGACAGUGGCCGGCCUGGGCGGCAAAGGCGGUGGCGGGACGUGGUUGUACGUCUCGCACGAUCCGCAUCCGCUGGCCGGACAGGGCAUGGUGGUGGAUUGGGCAAAGGAGCUGGGAAUUACAGAGGAGCAGGAGGAUGAGUUGCCGUCGGAUACUACUGGGGGCUCCGGCGGUUGUCAUUCGGAGCGCAGACUGAUUCACUUCAAAUUUGAACCCAUGAUUCUUCACGUCCUCACCGCUUCCCACGCCCACGCGCAGCUCCUCCUCCGCUGCGCCCUCCACGCCGGCUUCCGCGAGUCCGGCGCCGUCAGCCUCGUGUCCCCCAACAACGAGCCCGCCACGCCCAUGGUCGCCGUCCGCUCCAUGGGGCUGGGCCUCGAGUCGCUGCUGGGCUACGCCGAAGACGACGGGCGCCGACGGCGGCUAACGGUGCCGCCGGGCUAUCUCGACACGCUAAUGACCAUUGGCAGCGCACGCUUCGCAGAAAAUGGCAAGCGUAUCGAGCGGUUUGAGACGGCGUUUGGCGCGGCGACGGCGCGGUUGGCGGGGCCGCGGAGGAAUCCGGAUGGAGGGGCGUGGGAGGACGCGGCCGCGCGGAGGGAGAGGAUGCGGGCAGAGGGUUUGAGGCAAAAGGCGGCGCGGCAGGCGGAGCGGAGGGCGGAAGAGGAGCAGCCGGAUAUAGAUCUCACAGGGACGAUGGGGUGA